AUGAGGGAGGCAUUUGCAGACCAAUUUGAGGGAUCCAAUAGCCGGAAAUCUGCCACUCACACGACCAAGGCCUCAACAACUCAGUCUUCUGAUCGGAAAGCCAGCUAUAGUGCCCCAAGUUCGUCAAGUGCACCACAAAGCUCGCAAAAUGCACCAUUAAGCAAGAAGGCGGCACCAGCAGCGAAAACAGACUCUUUGGGAGGAGUUUUUGGAACGUCGAUGCAGGAUUUCAGUCCAAGCGAGAAAGAGCAUGCAACCUUGGACUGGUCAGAGUCGUUUCACGGCCUUGGAGUGGCACCAUUCAGCAAAGAAGCACAGACAGUCUUGGCAGGCAAAAUUCCAGAUGAUGACAUCGAAAUAACGCCAGAUGGGUUGCUCUAUCUUCCAGAAAUAAAGUACAGGCGGAUUUUGAACCGUGCCUUCGGAGCAGGAGCUUGGGGGAUGGCCCCAAGAUCGGAGACUUUGAUUUCAAAGGGUAAAUACGCAGGUGGUUUGCUUACCAGGGAGUACGGACUAGUGGUGCACGGAAGACUUGUUUCUGUGGCCAGAGGGGAGCAGCAGUUCUUUGCGGAAAAUGGAGUGCCAACAGCUACAGAAGGGUGUAAGAGUAAUGCUUUGAUGAGAUGCUGCAAAGAUCUUGGAAUAGCAUCUGAGUUGUGGGAUCCAAGAUUCAUAAAGACGUUCAAGAAGAAGAAGUGCGAGCAUAUCUUUGUUGAGCACAUCCCAACGCACAAGAAGAAGAUGAUCUGGAAGAGAAGGGAUACGGAUGUGGAGUAUCCAUUCAAGAGAUGA